GAACUUUUUAACAUGAACGUUGAGAAAUACAGUACUGAUUACUGAACUAUUCUCCUUUGAAUCAAAACCAACAUCUGCGUUCGAAUCAAAACCAUUCUCCUUUGAAUCAAAACCCCUAAUCUUGCACACCCAUCAUCUCUCUCUCUCUCUAUCUCUCUCUCUCUCUCUCUCUCUCUCUCUCUCUCUCUGCGUUAGAAAAUGGCACUGAGACCUCUCGACAACGCUCUACCAAUAACCCCAGAAAGGCCCAAAAAGCAAACAAAGGUUGCGAUUUCAGUCCAGAAACAAUCUGAUCUUGGAGUAAAUGACGAAAAUAGAGCCCCGUUUCCACCAACAUCUGCGGAUGCUACCAUCGAUUAUAUCUCUUCUGAGAAUCUCAAGGCCUUGCCUGACCCUGACAUCAGCAUCCAAAGUCUUGUUGAUGGGCUAGAGUCAAAGGAUUGGUUGAAAGUCUGUGACUCACUGAAUAACGCAAGGCGGUUUGCUCUCUAUCAUUCCACUCUCUUGCUCCCCGUUUUGGAGAAAGUUAUGCUGGUGCUGGUUAAGGCAAUGAAGAAUCCAAGAAGUGCUCUGAUUAAGACCUCUAUAAUGGCUUCCUCUGAUAUCUUCAAUGCCUUUGGUGACAAGAUACUACUUGAAUCCACCACUUCUGAUGCGUUUGACCUAUUGCUGCUGCAGCUUCUACUGAAGGCUUCUCAAGAUAAAAAGUUCGUGUGUGAAGAAGCAGAGAAGGCACUCAAGGCAAUGGUGAGGUCCAUGGCUCCUCUCUCUUUGCUUCACAAGCUCCAGGCUUAUGUUAGCCAUGCCAACCUUAGGAUCAGGGCCAAAGCUGCAAUCUCCAUGUCUCACUGUGCUUCCAAGAUGGGACUCGAAGCAAUGGAAGAAUUCGGGUUGGUUCCGUUGAUCCAACUUGCAUCGGAUUCGCUGAUCGAUAAACUGCCCGAGGCCAGAGAAGCAGCUCGUAGUAUGGUGACAUCGAUAUAUGCAAAACUAACAGAGAAGGAAGAAGAGAAGCAGGAGGCAUGGCAAACCUUUUGCCAGUCAAAUUUACCAGCUAUUCAUGCACAGUCGGUGAUUAAAGUUGUUUCAUCCCAGUAGUAGUAUUUGUGCUAGUCCAAAAGCAAUAGUUAUAGCACUAGCAGCAGUGCAAGUAGAAACAUUUUUCCUAUUUGAAUGUGGUUGAGAGAGAUUUAUGUUGUUGAAGCACGAGCAUAAUCAGUUGUUGCAUAA